AUGACACUGGGCGAAUACACAAACCUACGCGUCUCCCGCCACGACCGCGUCUUCGUCAUAACCCUCGCAAAAGCCCCCGAAAACCGCAUAAACGUCGCCUUCGCGCAAGAAAUAAUACGCGCACUCCGCGACAUCGAGCGCGAACUAGGCGCCGACUCAGAAGGCUGCGUGAUAACGCGAGGAAACGACGAGAAGUUCUGGUGUACAGGUCUCGAGUUAGACGAGAGCGACAGAAAUCCUUUCGCCAACAGCGAUGGUUUCUUCCCACUGCUAGCCACCUUGCUCGACUACCCGUUCCCCACUAUCGCGUUAUUGACGGGUCAUACAUUCGGCGGCGCCUGUCCCUUCGCCCUCGCACACGAUUACCGCAUCAUGAACUCCUCGCGCGGCUUCUUCUCUAUGCCGCCCGUAAACCUCGGUUUGCAUUUCCCUGGCAUCGGGUUCCUGCCGCGGCUUAAGCUCCGCCCGCAGAUUGCGCGGAAGAUGCUGCUUGAGGCGCAUCGCUGGACGGGCAAAGAAGCAUACGAGGAUGGUAUUGUGGAUGAGAUUGCGGAGCCGAAGGUUAUGCUUGAGGCUGCGCUGAAGAAGGCGAGGGAUGUGCAGGGGAGGGCCAAGAUGGGGGUUUAUAGUGUUUUGAGGAAUGAGCUUUGGGGGGAGGCGGCGGAGAAGAUUAGGGGGAUUUGUUAUGUGCAUGGGAAGAGGGUUACUGCGCCUGCGAAGGCGAAGAUUUAG